AUGGGUCGCAGACCCUCGUCAAGUUCGUCGUCCAGCAGGUUCAAGUAUCUGCGACCGUCGUACUACAUCCGGCGACCCCGGCGACUAGGGCUGCUCACUCUGCUCGUCGUCGGGAUCGUCUUUGUCGUCAUGGAUCGCCAACGACAGGCGAAAGAACUCGAGGAACUCGCGACGCAGCUGGAUAGUCUCGAAGUCGAGAAGAGUCACCUGGUUGUUGAGCUGGAGAAGGCUCGCUUGACCGGCAGCGUUUCUGACGCCCAGGCAGGAGGCAAAGCCGCGUCUGUUAAGAAAAACCCUCUUAUUCUCGGUGUAGGAGGGGGAGGGGGUGGUGGCGGCGGUGGCGGAGGUGGGAUAAGUGUAAAUGCAGCACGUGCGACUAGCAAAGUGCAAGCGAGAAAGCUCCUUCCUCUAGAAAAGAUCGUUCAGGCGGGUGCUACAGGGGGGAUGCUGAGAGGAGGCGAGCAGGCUGGGCAAGCGUAUACUGGGGAUGCUAUUAUAAGGGAUCCUGUUACUGGGGAUGCUCAUAGCGCGGAUGUGGAACAGAAGGCGCUGUCAGAGCUGCAGAGACUGGGGAAGCUGGACGACGAUGGGCUGGGAGGCGGGGAAGGUGACAGUAACGAGGGGAAGGCAGCUGAUACAGACCCGCUUGAGGAUGCGGAUUUAGAGGAUGAUGUGGCUGUAGCGGGGGGUGGCAAAAACGGAGGGGGGGGAGGAGGAGUGAGAGCAGGCGGGGUGACGGAAGCAGGGGGAGAGCAGUUGCAGAGUGAGCAGAGGAAGGAGGUAUCGGUGGCUGAGCAACGAGCGGCAGAGAAACAGACGCAGGGACAGGGGCAGGGGCAGAGGCAGGGGCAGGGGGUGUUGUUGAGAGGGCAGGAUGAGACGGAGAGGAGGAGAGAGUCGAUCAAGCAGGGGAUGCUGCAUGCGUGGAGAGGGUACAAGAAGUACGCGUGGGGGUCUGAUGAGCUCCAGCCUCGCAGUAAGACCCCGUCCAAUAACUUCGGAGGCAUGGGGGCGACGAUCGUGGACUCACUGGACACUCUGUUUCUCAUGGGACUGAAGGACGAGUUCAGAGAUGCGCAAAAGUGGGUGGGCGAGUCCCUCAAUUUCAACCGGCACUCCAGCGUCAGCGUCUUUGAAACAACCAUCCGAAUGCUGGGCGGGCUGCUAGCAGCGUACGACCUGUCCGGCGAGAAAGUCUUCUUGGAGAAGGCCAGGGAGCUGGGAGACCGACUCCUGCCCGCAUUCAACACCCCUACUGGCAUCCCAUUUGCCUAUGUCGAUCUGGCCUCUGGAGGAGGGAACGCGCCUGGCUGGACCGGGGGAUCGGCAGUGCUGGCGGAUCUCGGCACGCUCCAGCUGGAGUUUGUGACUCUCUCUCAGCGGACAGGCGACCCCAAAUACGCAAUCAAGGCAGAGAACGUGAUCAGGCAGAUCGAAAAGAUUUUCCCGGAGGAUGGCCUGGUGCCCAUGUUCAUCAGUAUUGACAGUGGAGAGCCCACGAGCAGUCACAUCACCUUCGGGUCCAUGGGCGACAGUUUCUACGAGUAUCUGAUCAAGAUGUGGGUGCACGGGGGCAAGACGCCAGUUGUCAAGAAGUACAGAGACAUGUGGGAGAAAUCUAUAAAUGGAAUGUUUUCCAGAUUGGUACAGCGCACGCCAGACCAGGGGGGGCACAAGGGGUACUCCUAUGUGCCUGAGAUGGAGGGAGGGGGGCUCAUUCGCAAGAUGGAGCACCUCACGUGCUUUGUACCGGGGAUGCUUAUACUGGGUAUGCCGGAGGCGUCGCCUGCGGAUGCGGCCAAGUACCUGGACUUGGCUAAAGAGCUAACGCGAACGUGCUACGAGUUCUACAACAGCACUCCGUCCAAGCUGGCUGGCGAGGACUACAACUUCCACUCUGAUGGACCCCAUCUGCAAGGCCGAGUGUACAACAUCUUGAGGCCAGAGGCGGUGGAGGCGAUCUGGUACUCGUGGCGGGCCACCAAGCACCCCGUGUACCGCGAGUGGGGGUGGAAGAUCUGGCAGGCGUUUGAGAAGCACUGCCGCGUGGAGGCAGGCUAUGUCGGCCUCGAGGAUGCGGGGAGAAACCCUCCUCCGCAGGACAACAUGCAGCAGAGCUUCUUUUUAGCAGAGACGCUCAAGUACCUCUACCUGCUAUUCUCACCGGACGAUACAUUGAAUCUGGACAAGUGGGUGAUUAACACUGAGGCACACCCGCUCAAGAUCACUCCUCGGUUGGGAGGAGGAGAAGUAAAGCAACGGAUUGAGACGAAGCUGGAUGGCGGUGCAGAUUCUGCUGCAGGGCUGGAUGCUGCUCAAAGAUAG